AGAAUCGAAAACCCAUUUGAUAAACCUUUGCUGUUUUGGUAGUCCUAUUGCUCACUGUUGUACACCCGCGCUCGUUCAUUAAGGGAACGCGUUCGACGUUAACCGCGACCUUGAGUCCGGACUGACAGGAAGAAACCUCUACACAAUAACGAACAAUAUGUCUGCCUCAAGAAGUCACUCACCGACCGUCGAUACGGACAUGGAUGAUUCCGAUCGUUUGGCCGCUGAAGAAGCCAUCGUCACCGAGAAAGCAAUCAAUGAAGAAUAUAAGAUCUGGAAGAAGAACUCGCCAUUCCUUUACGACCUUGUUGUAACUCACGCUCUGGAAUGGCCAACCCUCACCUGUCAAUGGUUCCCCGAUCGCGAAUCACCACCAGGAAAGAACUACAUCAAGCACCGCAUGCUACUCGGUACCCAUACCUCCGGUGAAGACUCAAACUACCUCCAGAUCGCCGAAAUUACUCUCCCGCUUCCCAAAUCCAACGUUGCGCCAUCUGCCUACGAUGAGAGCUCCGGUGAGAUUGGAGGAUAUGGAGCAAGCGAUGCCAGGAUUCAGAUCGUGCAGAAGAUCGACCACGAUGGCGAGGUUAACCGCGCGCGAUACAUGCCCCAGAACCCAGAUAUCAUCGCGACGAUGUCACCUUCCACCGACGUUCUCAUUUUCGACCGGACCAAGCACAGUAUGCUGCCUACCGGCAACUGUGUUCCCCAAAUGCGACUCAAAGGCCACGAAGAGGAAGGUUACGGUCUCUCAUGGAACCCCAACACUCCCGGUCAACUUGUUACCGGAGCCGGUGAUUGCUCCGUUUGCUUGUGGGACAUCAGCUCGUACCAAAAGACAUCUUCCGCGACCGCGACUCUCAAGCCUUUGAGAAAUUACACGUCUCAUACCUCCGUCGUCAACGAAGUCCAAUUCCACCCCCUGCACUCCUCCCUCUUCGGAUCCGUUUCCGAUGAUCUCAUGCUCCAAAUCCACGAUACCCGAUCCUCGGCGACCGAGACCGCAGCCCACCAAGUCAAGGCGCACAACGAGGCCGUCAACACCCUCGCUUUCAACCCUGCUUCUGAGUACGUCCUGGCGACUGCUUCCGCGGAUAAGACCGUUGCUCUUUGGGAUUUGCGAAACCUCAAGCUAAAGCUCCACUCCCUCGAGGGUCACCAAGACGAGGUCACUACGCUGCAAUGGAACCCAUCCGAAGAGACCAUUCUCGCAUCCGGCUCCGCGGAUCGUCGUGUCAUCGUUUGGGACGUUUCCCUCAUCGGCCAAGAGCAAACCGACAUCGACGCCGAAGACGGUCCACCCGAGCUCCUCUUCAUGCACGGUGGCCACACCAACCGCGUUUCUGAAUUCGGGUGGUGCCCAAGUGCGGAUGGUUCGGACAGGUGGACGAUUGUUUCGUGUGCGGAGGAUAACAUUGUGCAGGUUUGGACUCCGGCGAGGAAUAUCUGGGAGAGGGAGGAGGUGGAGGUUGGUGAGAAUGAGUUGGAGUAGAACUUUCAGUUUGAGUUUGAUGUGAUUUGUUUUGGCCAAUUAGAUAGCAAAAAUAGCCC